UGAUAACCAGACACGAAAAUAUUUGCAUGGUAGCUGAUGUUAUUUUGAAACUUUCCAAAACGGAUUGUGGUUAUAAAAUGGCAUCAUCUUGAUUCCGUCUCGUUGGAAACAAGGUGCCUGUUGUCGAUUAUUGCACCUUCAAGGUUCUUGCACGUACGUUGGUUUCCAAGAAAUUGUAAUACAAUCAAGAUGCUGAUGAGUAAGAAGGCAAAUUAUGCUGCUCGAUUCUGAACUUAUUUAGGUUUCCACGGCUGCAGAGAAGGUGGCAUUGAUGUCAUGGCAUGCGCUUUGCUGCCUACAACCAGCAUACUGGUUACUUCAACGAAAAAGCAAGGCAGCCUUUCCCGGGUGUGCUCGAGCAAAGAUUUCUUUGCUAGAAGAAGAUUAAGAAGAUCAUAUUCCAACAAUCACCUCUGUUACUCGGUCAAUCCUCGAUCAUUCUUAUUUGAUCUGUUAACUGGCAAAAAUCUCCAUGGAAGAGAACAUGGUGGAAAGAGACCAAGGCAGUGAGAUCAACGUUAAAGAGGAGCUGAAAAGUGCAAACUGGGUUGAAAGCAUAACCAAACUUGUGCGCCGGUGGAAACAGAAGCAACUAAAGAAUGAUGAAUAUGGCAAACAAGACAAUGAUGAUGGUGAUGAAGAUGGAGCUGGGGACUUAUGUAAAGCAGAAUACGAUGAUGAUGCAGCUGAUGGCAGUGCGAAGAAAAAUGCUGGAUCCUUCUUGAGGUUGUUGAGUCCUGUGCCCUGGUCAGACACCAAGCUUUUCUCUAAGUUGGCUUUCCUGUGCAACAUGGCUUGUGUGAUCCCAGAGAUUAAAGUACGUUUAUCAAAUACUUGAUACACUUCCCACUACGAUGAGAACUCUCCUUGACGGAACCAAGAAACAUAGUUUAUGUGGGAUGCACCAACAAAAUCCCUGUAUCGUCUGAAUAAAGGAGGAGAAUGAUUCACCUGUAUACUCUCCAUUUUGGUCCACUAUUCCAAGGUUAUACAUUCACCACGUUCACUUCAAGAGCUACAUCUUGGACAUUAUUUCAGAUCAAUUGACGACGUGAACCAAAUUAUGAGCAGGCUGAGAUACUAUGGCUUAAAAUUUGUAACUUCUUCUCUAGCAAAGAAGGCAAAUGCAUCAGCUGUGAAAACCAAACUUGAUCAGAAUUCCAGUCUUGAACCUCUGGCGGCAUCAUCAAUGUGUAGAAUCAGGUACCCAGAAAAAGGAGAAUUCUAGGCAUAAGCGCUUACAUCACUCAUCAGUUGCAUAUGAGCUUGUUGCUUCUGCUGCAUCUAAUGUCCAAGCUCUUGUCAAAGACUAUCAAUUGGUUCUGGAUCCCAGCUGCAGAUCAAUAAUGCAGUUCUACAUGCCAAAGGAAAACACCAAGAAGAUGUAGUGGGAACUCCACGAGUACACAAAUCAGAUACAGCUGCAUAUCUAGCAUCAUCAGCAGUGAUUGCAGCAGAUGCAAAGCAAAAUUGUGAGGCAGCAAUGGAUCUUGAAUCACAUCAUUCCUCAGCUUCUGAAUGGUUUGUUUGUGAUGACUCAAAGAUAUAUACACGCUGCUUUGUUAUCCAUGUAACAAUUCAAGCAAUCCGAUAUUACAUCGUCACAGUCCCAAGAUAGAUAUGUUAUCAAGAAACUACAAUAUCAUACUGACCAAUUAGUUAUCUGUGUCAAGAGGAAGCUCAAUAGCUUCAACUGCUCAGUUAGAGAGGAUUCUGCAUAUUUUUACACACUUCUUGUGAACCGCAAAGUUCAGACUCCUUUUCGUCAUGGCAGGCAAAUCUCUUCUUUGAACCCACUAUGUUUGUUAUAUAUAUCCUAAACCUAUACAGAUGUUAUCUGGGAAGAAGUGUGACUAUUUUCCAUCAAGGGUAUUGAAACUUCUCAGUCUAACUUCCUGUUACAGGGAACAGAUGUGUUGGUUCACAGGGGAAUCUAUGAAGAGUCAAUGGGGUUGUAUGAGCAACUCAUGCCAAAAAUGAUCCAGCAUCUAGAAAGAAUUGGUAAUCAAACCAAGCUUCAACUUACAGGCCAUUCUCUUGGAGGUAGCCUUUCCCUUCUAGUCAGUCUGAUGCCACUAACAAGGAAAGUUGUUAAACCCUCUGCUCUUCUACCAGUUGUCACUUUUGGAUCACCUUUUUUAUUCUGUGGUGACCAAAAGGUCCUUGACCAACUCGGCUUGGAUGAAAAUAAU